ACGUGGUGAGGGGGGCGAUGUUACGUACAAGAACGUCGUAUACCCGUUACAUAUGAGCUCAUUCUUGUUACACGCUGUUCUCAGUCGGGUUCCGUCCGCCUCUCGCGAGUGAAAGAACCGCCGCGCGCCCGCCGCUCUCCACUCGUACACUUUCAUAUCGUAUACAGUCGAAGGAAGGAUAAUCGAAGGCGUGUGAGCGAUGUCGGCAAAAGCAAUUCGCGAGGCCACCGGCAAAGAUCUGAUCAAUCGUAAACUCACCGUUGGCACUAAUGCCGCCAAAUGCCGUUUCGUCGCGAUCGACGAAAAUACCAAUUGGACGACUAUCGUUGCCGAUCAUCCGUGGCUCAAGACCGAAAAGCUCGUUGUGAAACCCGAUCAACUGAUCAAAAGACGAGGAAAACUUGGCCUCAUCAAAGUUAAUGCAGAUUUUCCAACUGUCAAACAAUGGGUCAUGGAACGUAUGAACAAGGACCAAAAGGUCGAAAAAGCUGUCGGAAAAUUGAGGAACUUCAUCAUCGAGCCAUUCGUUCCCCAUACACCCGAAGAAGAAGCCUACGUUUGUAUCUAUUCACACCGGAAAGGCGAUACCAUUCUAUUCCAUCAUCAAGGUGGCGUCGAUAUUGGGGAUGUCGAUGCUAAAGCUCUGAAACUCGAAGUGCCCGUAGGUGCUGAUUUACCCAGCGUUUCCGAGCUUUCGGAAAAAUUAUUAAUCCAUGUAGCUGAUGAGAAAAAACCAGUUAUCGCGAAAUUCAUCGAAGCACUUUACAAGCUUUUCGUAGAUCUGUACUUUACGUACCUAGAAAUAAAUCCUUUAGUCGUUACCGACGAGGCUGUCUAUGUUCUGGAUCUUGCGGCGAAGCUGGACACAGCGGCCGACUUUGUUUGUCGUCCCGACUGGGGUGAAAUCGAUUAUCCUCCACCGUUUGGACGUGACGCUUAUCCGGAAGAAGCUUAUAUCGCUGAUCUCGAUGCUAAAUCCGGGGCUAGCUUGAAAUUGACAAUUCUGAACCCCAGUGGGAGAAUUUGGACGAUGGUCGCUGGUGGAGGUGCAUCCGUAAUUUAUUCCGACACGAUAUGUGACCUCGGAGGUGCGAAUGAACUGGCAAAUUACGGAGAAUAUUCGGGUGCCCCGAGCGAACAACAGACGUACGAGUACGCAAAGACAAUCCUGAGCUUGAUGACAAAGGAGAAGCACGCGGAAGGCAAAGUUUUGAUAAUCGGUGGUGGCAUAGCCAAUUUUACAAACGUUGCGGCUACUUUCAAAGGAAUCGUAAAAGCUCUGCAAGAAUUCCAGCCGAAGCUCGUUGAACAUGACAUUAAAAUAUUCGUUCGACGUGCCGGGCCAAAUUAUCAAGAGGGUUUGAGAAUUAUCCGCGAGGUUGGCAGACGUCUCGGUAUUCCGAUGCACGUUUUUGGACCGGAAACUCACAUGACCGCUAUUUGUGGUAUGGCGUUGGGAAAAAAGCCAAUACCCGAUCCGGAAGCCCAAGAAUUUUCAACCGCUAACUUUUUGCUUCCCUCGGGACAAGACGUCGGACCAACUUCACCUUCUUCUUCAGGCCAAGCCUCUUCGUCCGAAGAACCAAAAUACGCUCCAGUCAAGAGCCAAGAUUCCGCCGAUUCUCCCGGGAUCCGACAAUUGUUCAGUAAACAGACUCGAUCAAUAAUUUGGGGAAUGCAAACUCGCGCCGUUCAAGGAAUGCUCGAUUUUGAUUUCGUCUGUCGUCGUACCGUGCCGAGUGUCGCCGCAAUCGUUUAUCCUUUUGUUGGGGACCACAAACAAAAGUUCUACUGGGGUCACAAAGAAGUUCUCAUACCCGUUUACAAACAGAUGAAAGACGCCAUGACCAAACAUCCGGAUGCCGAUGUCAUGGUAACGUUCGCCUCGUUGCGAUCCGCCUACGAAAGCACCGUCGAAACUCUUCAAUUUCCACAAAUAAGAACUAUCGCCAUCAUCGCCGAAGGCAUCCCGGAGAAUAUGACGAGGAAAAUGAUUCUCUCAGCACAGGAAAAAGGUGUUACCAUUAUCGGACCUGCCACCGUUGGAGGAGUCAAACCUGGAGCAUUCAAAAUAGGCAACACCGGAGGAAUGAUGGACAACAUUUUGCACAGCAAACUCUACAGGCCUGGCAGUGUCGCGUACGUUUCGCGGUCAGGUGGAAUGUCGAACGAGCUGAACAAUAUCGUAUCGAAAGCAUCGAACGGAGUUUUGGAGGGUGUCGCGAUUGGAGGUGAUCGUUAUCCGGGAACAACGUUCAUGGACCACAUAUUGCGUUAUCAAGAAAAUCCCGAGGUUAAACUGAUCGUUUUGUUGGGUGAAGUUGGAGGAGUGGAAGAGUACGAAGUGUGCGAAGCAUUGAAGAGCGGAAAAAUAACAAAGCCAUUGGUCGCCUGGUGUAUCGGAACAUGCGCGAGUAUGUUCAAGUCCGAGGUGCAAUUUGGACACGCUGGUUCGAUAGCACAGAGCAAUAUGGAAACUGCUGUGGCGAAAAACAGCGCUCUCAAAGCGGCGGGAGCUUACGUACCGGAAAGUUUCGAUAAUUUAGGUGAUUUGAUCGGGACCGUUUAUCGAGGUCUCGUGAACCAAGGUGUUAUCGUUCCCGAACCGGAAGUUCCACCACCAACUGUACCGAUGGAUUACAAUUGGGCUCGUGAGUUGGGACUCAUAAGAAAGCCAGCUUCCUUCAUGACCUCCAUCUGCGACGAGCGGGGCCAAGAAUUAUUGUACGCCGGAAUGCCAGUCACUGAAGUGCUCAAACAAAAUGUUGGAAUCGGUGGCGUAGUUUCUCUCCUUUGGUUCCAGAGGUGCUUGCCUAUAACUUAUUGCAAAUUCCUCGAAAUGUCUCUGAUGCUCACCGCCGAUCACGGGCCCGCAGUGUCCGGCGCUCACAAUACGAUCGUUUGCGCCCGAGCUGGAAAAGAUCUCGUAUCUUCCCUCGUUUCCGGUUUGCUCACAAUCGGUGAUCGCUUCGGUGGCGCUCUCGAUGGAGCCGCGAGAAUGUUUUCCGAAGCUUACGACGCCGGACUGCAUCCUCAAGAGUUCGUUAACAAUACAAGAAAAAAGGGAAAACUUAUAAUGGGCAUCGGACACCGUAUUAAAUCCAUCAAUAAUCCCGAUAUGAGAGUCAAACUCAUCAAAGAAUUUGUCCUUGAGAAUUUCCCGGCCAAACCACUCGUCGAAUAUGCUCUCGAGGUUGAGAAAAUUACCACCAGCAAGAAACCUAAUCUCAUUCUCAAUGUCGACGGUAUUAUUGCCUGCGCCUUCGUUGAUAUGCUGAGAAACAGCGGUAGCUUCACGAGAGAAGAAGCUCAGGAAUACAUCGAAAUAGGUGCUAUCAACAGCCUUUUCGUACUUGGUAGAAGCAUAGGAUUUAUCGGUCACUAUAUGGAUCAAAAACGACUGAAACAAGGUCUUUACCGACACCCAUGGGACGACAUUUCCUAUGUUCUCCCGGAACAGUACAACUAAACAGCGAAAACGGAGACAGAGGAUGUGAAAAAAAAGAGAGUAAAUAAAUCCACGAAAUAACCAGAUCUAGCUCAGAUUUUCGAGUGGUCCUCGUAAUCCGUCUCACAAAAAGUAAUUCGCGCACAGCGAGAGAACAUCGCUUUGCGCGUCCAACGAAAAUAUUGAAAGAAAUAGAGAAUUAUAAAAACGAAAUCCUGAAAAGACGUCAAGAGAAACAUUUAGGAAAGAGGUACCGCAGUUCUUGAUGCAGUCGUUGAUCGAUUGUUCCCUGUUGAAUCGUAACUGAACAAGAGACAAAGAAGUAACACAAAUAAUUAGAGCAUAAUCGCACGAGCUCGAAGGAAAGAAAAAAAACAUGUAAAACUGAGCAAGAAAAAUGUUGUAUAAUUGAUAUAAAGAACGAAGCACGUUCUCUUAGAAAAGCACCGUUCGUCACAAUCGUAAAAUCGAUUGUACGCAAAAGUAAUUAAGAGCACAGUGCACAAUUGGCUUCGCAAUUACUGCGUUUCUUCUUUCGUCGUAUUUUUAUUUUUCAACUUUCUUUUUUUUUUUUUUGCAUUCGACAGUGAAUGAAAGACUAACAAUGAAAAUCGAACGACACCGGAUCGGAAGAUUCUCGGGACUGACAUUCCGAAUUUGCAUUUUGAGAGAUGUGUGUGGAUGUGUGUGUGUGUGUGAGAUGGAGCGAGAAAGAGGGGAAGAGAACGAUAUCAAACGAGCGCGGGGAAGAGAAAAAUUAUACAAACUAUCAUUGGGAUCGACUUACGACGCGUGAAAACGUCAAAAUUAUUUUUCAACGAUUUUAACAUUUCAUUUAACCACGCCAGCACAAAUCAAGACAGGAGAGAAACUAAAAUUGAAUGAUUUACGAACGGAAAUAGUUGAUAUAUCUGUAUGAUAUUUAUGUACGUAUUAUUAUUUAAGUUUAAGAGUUUUUUUAAAUUAGUGUCAUUGAUACCGCGCGCAAUAAAUUCCAUUAUUGUUGCGAACAUUUGUUUUCGUAAUUUUCGGUUUUUUCUGCUCCGUUUCGUUGAAUAGAACUUUUUAAGCAAUCGAUUUCGAAUUUGGUUGUUGAUUUCAUAUAUGUAUCUAUAAAUAUUAUUAUUGUAUUAUAUAUAAAUACAUAUAUGUUAAUUAACUCGUAGGGAUACAAGUUAUAUGUAUAUGUACAUUUGGCCUCUGUAUAAAAAAAAUACAAAAAAGGUUGUUAACUUGCCUGUUUGACUAAUUUAAGAACAUAAAGAAAUUAAACCCAUUUACAAUAUUUAUUUAUGGCACAAUAGUUAUUUUUGUUACGAAUACAAUUUUUAAUUUUCUGUGGUUCAAUACAUCCAAGUGGAGGAAAAAUAAGAUGAAUUUUGUUUUCCCACUCGAAUAUCUCCCACAUAUAGAAAAAAGUUGUAUGUAUAUUCACAUUUGAAAAUUACAGUUUAUGCAGCAUUUGGAGAAUGUUUGUAUGAAUUUCCAAUAAAAAGGAUAAUGGUAUUAGAA